AUUCGAAUACCUAGAGAGACAGGAUGUCUUCUCAUCAAACGACUGCCACAUUGUCCGACAAAGAUGAUUCGGCAUCAUCUAGAAAGAUUGACGAUGGACGUUCUGACGACUUAACGCCCCCUACAGCAACGGCUCUAGCGGUUCAAGAGACCCAGCGCACGGAAUCGGUCCUCGGUGACGCUGUAUUACGCCUCCUUAGGAUUCGAAAGGGUCCAAAAAGAGAAGAGUAUGACCUCGACGCGAUUGCCACGCAACCCAGUAUCUGGGAUUCCGAAAACGUAGAGGAAUACAAGGAACUUUACAUUCAUCCACAAUGGGAAAAUUGGACUGCCUUCGACCCCAAUUUCCGUUGGACCUGGAGGGAAGAGAGGGCAGUGCGACGUAAGGUUGAUUGGAAGAUCAUGGUCUGGGUGUGCAUCAUGUUCGCAGCUUUGAAUAUCGAUCGAGGAAACAUCUCCAAUGCCGUCUCGGAUAACAUGCUUGACGAUCUAGGCCUUUCUAAGAGCGACUAUAACUUGGGUCAAACUAUUGCACGAGUUGGCUUCCUUGUUGCCGAACUCCCGUCGCAGCUCAUCUCUAAACGUAUCGGGCCUGAUGUCUGGAUCCCGUUGCAAAUUUGCAUUUUCAGCGUCAUCUCCGCCAUGCAGUUCUUCCUUAAAGGUCGCGCAUCGUUCCUUGCAACCCGAUACUUGAUUGCAACAUUCCAAGGCGGUUUUAUCCCCGAUACGAUUCUUUACCUUAGUUACUUCUACACCGGUAAAACACUCCCAAUUAGGUUAGCUUGGUACUGGAUGUCUUCGCAACUAGUCGAUAUCGGUGUCGGAUUUAGUGCCGUUGGUCUUCUAUCGAUGCGUGGAAUCCUCGGAUAUGAAGGCUGGCGAUGGCUGUUCCUUAUCGAGGGUGCUUUUACAUUCUUGGUGGGGAUCGCCUCCUUUUUUCUCAUGCCUCAAUCCCCUGCAAGAACAAAAAGCUGGUGGAACCCCAAGGGGUAUUUCACCGAAAGGGAAGAGAAGAUUAUAGUCAACUCAGUCAUUCGAGACGAUCCUCAAAAAGGAGGGAUGUACAAUCGACAAGGUCUUUCCGUCCGACAAAUCUGGGAAUGCUCAAAAGACUACGACAUGUGGCCCUUAUACGCCUUGGGACUAUUAUUCGGCAUACCAAAAUACCCCGUCGGCCAAUACCUGACGAUUUCCUUCCGAAGCUUAGGAUUCAACGUCAUCCAGACCAACUUACUUACAAUCCCGAACGUCGUAGCCUCCAGUAUAACAAUGUUAAUCAUCACGGCCGUCAGUGAGUUGGUAAAUAAUAGGAGUUUCGUGUCGAUGGCGGAAGAUGCUUGGCUAUUGCCCUGCUUUGCCGCAUUGAUAGCUCUGGGCGACCCGAUCAGCCCAUGGGUAUACUUCGCAAUCGCAACAGUUCUUUUAUCAUUCCCAUACACGCAUCCAAUCCAAGUCGCCUGGACAAGUAGGAAUGCUGGAUCCGUUCAGAACAGAACAGUAUCUGCUGCGAUUUACAAUAUGUGGGUUCAAGUUAGUGGAAUGAUUGGAGCGAACAUCUACCAAUCUAGCGAUGCACCACGCUACUUCAAAGCGAACAAAGGUCUACUAGUCAUCUGCGUAUGGAUGUGUGUUGUACAAUAUCCAGCUACAUAUUUCUACUACAGGUGGAGAAACAAUUCGAAAGCGAAGAAGUGGGACGCCAUGACUCCCGAAGAGCAAGAGCAUUACAGGAAGAACACAACCGAUGAGGGCAACAAGAGACUUGACUUCCGUUUCGCGACCUAAGCAGCGACCUACCAUCCACCCACAGAACAAUAUUAGCGUAUUUAGUCAAAGAUAUAAAGGCACGAACAGGGCAUUACUUCAGCGUCGAGUUUCAAAUACCUGGAUGACUAUUAAGAAAACACAUUUUCUAAAAAUAUAGUCACCCCUGAGUUGUUCAAAAUGUC